ACUUUAUCCACAGUCAGCCAUAAGCAAGGAACGCGAACACGCGUUUCCAAACAAAACUUUUUUAUUUAAUUGAUUUUUAUAACGGCUCGUAGCUCACUUUGAUGUACUAAAAUGACGACUGUUAACGGAAAAGACACCAACGACGUACCACCAUCGUCUCUAAUUCGAAGAAUUAGUUCGCGAACAUUAAAAAACGAGGAUAAAGAAAAUGGUGAUGUUUGUAAGGGAUCGUUUGUUAGUAAAUACAAGAAGGCGCCAGAGGCACUUAAAAAUUUUCACUUAAAUGAUCCUGAAGAAAAUUUGGAGGUUCCUGGAACACCGGCGACGCCACGGACUUCGACUACACCUGGUCACGAAAAAUGCACAUUCCACCAUGAUUUGGAGCUGGACCACCGGCCGCCCACCCGGGAGGCUCUCCUCCCGGACAUGGCUAACUCCUACAGGCUCUUGCUCACGGGGUUGGGAGAAGACCCAGAAAGAGAAGGUCUUCUCAAGACUCCAGAAAGAGCUGCCAAAGCCAUGUUAUUCUUCACUAAAGGUUACGACCAAAGUUUAGAAGAGGUGUUAAACAAUGCCAUCUUCGACGAAGACACAGACGAGAUGGUUGUAGUUAAGGACAUUGAGAUGUUCUCUAUGUGUGAACAUCAUUUGGUGCCCUUCUACGGAAAAGUCUCUAUCGGAUACCUGCCGCAGGGCAAGAUUCUUGGACUUAGCAAGCUUGCCAGAAUUGUCGAGAUCUACUCCAGAAGGCUUCAAGUACAGGAGCGUCUGACUAAACAGAUAGCGAAGGCCGUCACUCAAGCGGUGAGACCUGCUGGUGUAGCAGUCGUCAUCGAAGGAGUGCACAUGUGUAUGGUGAUGCGUGGUGUCCAGAAGAUAAACAGUAAGACAGUGACCUCAACGAUGUUGGGCGUGUUCCGUGACGACCCCAAGACUCGUGAGGAGUUCCUCAACCUUGUUCACUCCAAGUGAGCUGGACGUUGCCCUUUUCUAUUUCUUUAUUACUAGUUCUUCUCUAUUCUUAGUUCUUUAGUCUUGGAACGACAAAAUUGAAACGUAACAUAAUUCCAUCUUGAAGAUGCCUAAAUUAUCUUUAUUUGAACUUAAUUUUGUUGCUUAUUUGAUUAGGUUUCGUUUGUAUUGUCGUUUUUACAUUCCUAAAGUCUUUAGACUGCCGAAUUAGUGCGUUUUAAUUUAAUCUUAAUGAUUAGUAUUGAUAUUGUCGUUGAACUUUCAUUUCUUUUUUUAGAAGUUAUUAUAUAUCUCAGAUCGAUUCCUAGACAAUUUUAAUAUUUAAUGAAGACUUCUAAAUUCGUGAAAAAAUUCAUUUUAAGUUUUUCUGUUUCAUUUGCUCAAAUGUUGCUGUGAAAUGAUUAUUCUAAAUUGUUGUUAUACGCAACAGGCCUUUGAUUUUCUUAUGUUUUUGGAUCAAUUUUCAUUGUGUUGCUCUUUUUAUGAUUACUUUAAUAGUAAAGUUUGUAAAAAAAAUUACUCAGGUUUGGUUAGCUGAUUAAGGGCGCAUACGACAAUAAUUCCUAAAUAAUCGAUGCCAAAUUAUAUUAACGACGCAGUAUUGUGGCUAAAUAUGAUUAUACGAUUAGGAAA